ACUGUCUGCAGCCUUCCAGUAACAAAUUCAUUCAUCUGUGCGGUAAGAUAACAUGUAUACAGGAUUGUACAAAGCGAACUUCACAUUUCUAGUCAAACAAAAACAUUGCUGACUUUCGUCAUUUUUCAAAUUUUGGAAAACAAAUGACGAUUUACAAUAAAUUGCUGAUAAUUCAAACUUUACGAUCAGUUACACCCCCUCUGAUGGGAUAAGAGAGCGUCCCACACACAGGGAUUCCUAUAAGUUAUAGGGUCAGUGACGCCCCCUCUGAUGGGAUAAGAGCGUCUCACACAGGGAUUCCUAUAAGUUAUAGGGUCAGUGACUCCCCCUCUGAUGGGAUAAGAGAGCGUCUCACACACAGGGAUUCCUAUAAGUUAUAGGGUCAGUGACGCCCCUCUGAUGGGAUAAGAGAGCGUCUCACACACAGGGAUUCCUGUAAUUUAUAGGGUCAGUGACGUCCCCUCUGAUGGGAUAAGAGAGCGUCUCACACACAGGGAUUCCUAUAAGUUAUAAAGUCAGUGACGCCCCUCUGAUGGGAUAAGAGAGAUCUCACACAGGGAUUCCUAUAAGUUAUAGGGUCAGUGACGUCCCCUCUGAUGGGAUAAGAGAGCGUCUCACACACAGGGAUUCCUAUAAGUUAUAGGGUCAGUGAUGUCCCAUCUGAUGGGAUAAGAGAGAGUCUCACACACAGGGAUUCCUAUAAGUUAUAGGGUCAGUGACGCCCCCUCUGAUGGGAUAAGAGAGCGUCUCACACACAGGGAUUCCUAUAAGUUAUAGGGUCAGUGACGCCCCCUCUGAUGGGAUAAGAGAGCGUCUCACACACAGGGAUUCCUAUAAGUUAUAGGGUCAGUGUCGCCCCCUCUGAUGGGAUAAGAGAGCGUCUCACACACAGGGAUUCCUAUAAGUUAUAGGGUCAGUGACGCUCCCUCUGAUGGGAUAAGAGAGCGUCUCACACACAGGGAUUCCUAUAAGUUAUAGGGUCAGUGACUCCCCCUCUGAUGGGAUAAGAGAGCGUCUCACACACAGGGAUUCCUAUAAGUUAUGGGGUCAGUGACGCUCCCUCUGAUGGGAUAAGAGAGAGUCUCACACAGGGAUUCCUAUAAGUUAUGGGGUCAGUGACGCCCCCUCUGAUGGGAUAAGAUAGCAUCUCACACACAGGGAUUCCUAUAAGUUAUAGGGUCAGUGUCUCCCCCUCUGAUGGGAUAAGAGAGCGUCUCACACACAGGGAUUCCUAUAAGUUAUAGGGUCAGUGACGUCCCCUCUGAUGGGAUAAGAGAGCGUCCCACACACAGGGAUUCCUAUAAGUUAUAGGGUCAGUGACGUCCCCUCUGAUGGGAUAAGACAGCGUCUCACACACAGGGAUUCGUAUAAGUUAUAGGGUCAGUGACGUCCCCUCUGAUGGGAUAAGAGAGCGUCUCACACACAGGGAUUCCUAUAAGUUAUAGGGUCAGUGUCUCCCCCUCUGAUGGGAUAAGAGAGCGUCUCACGCAAUUUUUAUAUUUGAGAUUUCUAAAUAUUAUGUAAUUCAUUCUCCUCUCUCCUUAGUACAUGGAUCGCAAUAGUUCCCUUCCACAGAUUUUUGAUGAUCUCCCUGCGAUGUUUGGAUUUUCUUUGCCCUUAGAUGGGCUGAGGGUGAGUAAUGAGUCUAGUGACACUGGUGAUGUUUUUAACACGGGAUCUCUGGGAACUGAGGGAGUUGCAAGUUUUAAUUCUAAAUCAUUGUGAUGGCAUAGUUAGCCAUAUUCCCACUUUGGUUGUUUUCAUUUGAAAUUCCUUAGUUGAUUUUCCAUAAUUCUCAGUUUAGUCUAUAAUUCCAGUGUGUAUGUUACUAAAACUGAGUGUGAUUUCUCCGUGGUAGGGGUAUCUCGUCGGAGCUGAGCCCGCCAAUGCCUGCACCCCUAUCCAGCCCCCACCAGUGAUGGACAAUAAAACCAUAUUCUUUGCUUUGAUCCAGAGGUUCGACUGCAAUUUUGAUAUUAAGGUAAGGAAGCUCCACGGGUCCCUUAGGGAAGGGCAGAUCGAACAUACUAGAUGGCCCAUGCUCUAGGGAACUACCUCCCCCAUCCUAAACCCCCUGUUUAUUUCUUCCAGAUCAAUUCAUUUUAGGCCAGAAACAUCUAAUCACAGCUUCACAACGAAUCCCUUUGCUGCUAAUUAUUUCUGCAGUUCAUCAUUAAAACAGUGAUGAAUAUAACAAUGCAGUGUUAUGCCAUUUUUUAUAGUAACACUGUGCUGCAGGUUGAUGGUUUGUGUAGAGUGACACUGCUGCAGGUUGGUUGGUUGUGUAGAGUGACACUGUGCUGCAGGUUGGUUGGUUGUGUAGAGUGACACUGUGCUGCAGGUUGGUUGCGUAGAGUGGCACUGUGCGGCAGGUUGGUUGCGUAGAGUGGCACUGUGCGGCAGGUUGGUUGUGUAGAGUGGCACUGUGCGGCAGGUUGGUUGGGUAGAGUGGCGCUGUGCGGCAGGUUGGUUGCGUAGAGUGGCGCUGUGCGGCAGGUUGGUUGUGUAGAGUGGCGCUGUGCGGCAGGUUGGUUGUGUAGAGUGGCGCUGUGUGGCAGGUUGGUUGUGUAGAGUGGCACUGUGCUGCGCGUUGAUUGAUUGUGUAGAGUGGCUCUGUGCGGCAGGUUGGUUGCGUAGAGUGGCGCUGUGCGGCAGGUUGGUUGCGUAGAGUGGCGCUGUGCUGCAGGUUGAUGGCGUUUUCUACAGUGACACAGUUUUUAGCAGUGAUACCAUUUUGUAAUGCUGUUUUGCACAGUUUGGAGGUAACGUGUCGCCUUGCUCCCAUAUAUUGUAGUUUGUAUAGUUUAUAGUACUGUAGGUGUCUGUAAUACUUACCUUUUCUCCUGUUACAGGUACUGCACGCACAGCAGGCCGGUUUUCAAGCUGCCAUUGUGCACAAUGUGAACUCAGAGAAGCUGCUAAAUAUGAUGUGGAAUGAUGGUGAGUGAGUCUCUGGUUUGCACACACCCCCGUGUCUAUAUUCAUACCCCCUCGUCAUGUUCUCAAGACAGGUCAAUAAGGGGGUAAGAUUUGGACAACACUCCUCGCUGAUCUGAAACAAAUUGGUUUGACCCAAUUUUCCUCAUCUUUCUCUCCCCUGAACAUGUGUGAAAACAUGUCUCUCUCCACCACCCUUCACUUUCAGUCUCUCUCUCCCCACCCCCUUACUUUCAGUUUCUCUCCUCACCCCCCUUACUUCCAAUAUCUGCAUCCCCACCCUCUUACUUUCUCCCCCCACUCCAUUUCUUUCAGGGGGUGCCCUUACUUUUAUUCUUUUUUUUUUUUGAAAAUCUUUAUUAAAGGUUUUUCGGUAUGAGAGAGAACCAAAGCUCAUCAACAUGUAGACAUCAUACAUUUUGGCGUUAGAUAUUCGCCUAUAUCUUCAUGAAGAAUUACAUGUAAAGCAUUUCACAUAUUUAUCCAUAGACAAUUAAGUUACCACCUGUCACCAUACAACAUAAUUGCAUUUUAAGGUGUUAGCAUUUCUUCCUAGGUGGUGGAUGUCGUAGGUUUAAAGGUGGAGAGGGAUCCAGAGAGAAAGAGGAAUGAGGUGAGGGGGAGUGGGUGGGUUGGGUUACCUAGAUUAGGGUGAGAGACGAUCACAUAGAGUGAACAAAGAUAGCCUAAAAUGGAGUGGAGUGUGGUGUUCCCCUGAGGUCAUCAGAAGCCCUCUUGACGUACAAUGAGCCCAUUAUCAUUUUGUUAUGUAUGCUAUGUAAUGUAAAGUAAACGGCCCCUGGGGUUGCUUGGGUGCAUAUGUAUAAGGUUCCCGGAUUUUGUCUAGCCACCUGGCAGUACCUGUUUAUGGGUGUGGAUAGGAGUGUAGAAGAAGAAUGGGGGGGUAACAGGCUUGCACCCAUCAUGUAGAGGGCGUGGUCGGGAUAUCAUGGUAGUAUGUGGAAGCGUACAUUGGCCAUGCCCCGGAGAGCCCGGCGCCCCCUGGUGUGUCGCCGGUCUCAGCGUCUCUAUCCCCGUGUAUUUUGUGAUGUGAAGACAAACCAUGGCUGCCAUCGCUCUGCAUGUUUACCCCCUCUGUCUUGCAGUGUUGCCUGCAAUGCUUCGGCCCCUUGAAUAUCCUCCACUCUGCGAAUCCACUCCUCUUCGCGGGGUAUUUCCGUCUUUUUCUAAUAUAGCGGAAUAAGUGACUUGGCUGCGUUCAAGAGGUGUCAAAGGAUGGAUCUUUUGUAGGAGGAUACUGACAUCUGCGAUAUGUGUAAGAGGGCCAGUGCAGCUGACCAGUCCGUCACGUCGCCCAGUAUUUCUAUUAUCCUCUGUUUGAUCAGGUUCCAGUACGAUGUGAUCUCGCUACACUCCCACCAAAUAUGCAUCAUCGUCCCCCUUUCCUUCAGGCAUCUCCAGCACGUUGGUGUAAUGGUUGGGAAUAUCCUAUGUAGAAGGACAGGAGUCCUGUACCAGGAGGCUAUCAAUUUGUAAUUUGUUUCUUGAAAUUGGGAGCUGACCGAGCUCUUGUGUUGCCAAAUAAGCGCCUUGUCCCAUUGUUGGGGCGUGAAAGUCGUGUCCAAUCGUUCCUCCCAUUGCCUGCGGAACGUUGUGUUUGUCGUUAGAUGUCCGGUCAGAAGGUGUUGGUACAGUGUAGAAAUAGCAUUCCCCAGUACAAGCCUCUUCUCACAGCAUUCCUCCAGCCAAGUGCGUUCCCUGUGGAGUUGUUCCUUAUUCCGUAUACUAUCGUAAUAAUGUUUCACUUGUAAGUAACGAAAAACUGCCAGGGGUGUCCGGGGCUUUCCCUCUAGCAAUGUGUCUAGAGUCUGCAGUGUUCCGUUCUGUAAGAUCGUGUGGAUUGGUAUAUAUUCGCGACCUUCCGCAAAGGGCCACGUUGUUGGAUGGAAUCCACCCCCUAUUGCGUUAUUAUUGGUAAUUGAAAGCAUCGGACUGGGCGUUGGCGAGAUAUGAGGUGCCUCCCUCAUGGAGUUCCAGCUAUAUAGCGUUUGUUCCAUCGGUCCCUCUUUAGCGACUCUUUGUGUUUUUCUGGUUAUCCCUCCCCAUAUGGUUGGCUGUACAGGGGUUGCAGGGCCCUCUCGUGCCAUCGCCACCCAUUGUUUUUGUUGAGGCUCCGCGUGCCACUCAAUAAUUUGCUGCAGAACCGUGGCCUGGUGGUACUUCUUAAAAUCAGGUAGCGCUAGGCCACCGCGAGAUCUGGGUAGGCAGAGUAGGUCGUAUCUCAGUCGUGCCCUCUCUCCCCGCCAUACGUAUCGUAUGACCGCGGAUCUCAAAGCGGAGAAGAAGGUUGCCGGCAGGGCAAGAGGUAUUGUUUGGAACAGAUAUAGCAGUCUCGGUAGGAUGUUCAUCUUGAGAACUGCUAUCCGUCCGUGCCAUGAGACGUGUGGGUAUGCCCAUCUUUCCAAGUCUGUCAUUAUCCUCUUCAGGAGAGGGGCAAAGUUAUGCCGAUAUAGGUCUUUAGGGUUCGGGGUUAUCCAAAUCCCAAGGUACUUCAUUUUUUGGAAGCACCACCGGAAUGGAAACAGUGACUCCAGAGCCAGGAAUUCAUCAUCGGGCAUGGAUACGUUUAACACUUCACACUUCGACAGGUUGAGUCUGAAGCCGGAGAUCGAGCCGAAUUUCUCGAACUCCGCCAACAAGCAAGGCAUCGCGAUCCGAGGGCUGGUUAUGUAAAAAAGGAGAUCAUCCGCGUAUGCGGCGACCUUAUGGGUCGUGUCCUGCCACGUAAAGCCCCCGAUGUCCGGGUGUUGGCGUAUCUUCUGAAGCAGGGGUUCCAGCGAUAUGGCAAAGAGUAGCGGGGAUAGGGGGCAUCCUUGCCUUGUGCCAUUGGAAAUUUCAAAAUCUCCGGUGAGUGCUCCAUUGACGCGUACCGCGGCCCGCGGUUUGUCAUAUAAGGCCCGGAUCAUCGUAAGGAAUCUGCGUCCCGCCCCCAUCUGGUCGAGGGUAGCGAACAUGUAAGGCCAUUUCACCCGGUCGAAUGCCUUCUCGGCAUCCGUGGAAAUCAAGAGAAGGGGUUGUCGUGUAUUCCUCGCUUGGUGUUGCAGCGCAAAGAGUCGUAGGGUACUGUCCCUUGCUUCUCGUCCGGGUAUGAAUCCCGUUUGAUCCUUGUGUAUAAGCGAAGGGAGAAUGGAUUGGAGUCUGGUAGCUAGCACCUUUGUAAAAAGUUUUGUAUCCACGUUUAAUAAUGAAAUCGGGCGGUAGCUGCCACAGAGCAUGGGGUCCUUUCCGGGUUUGGGGAGGACAGUUAUGGUAGCCGCCAGGGAUUCAGCUCCGAAAUGGCCUCCGUCCGCGACAGCGUUGAGGGCCUUCGUGAGCCACGGCAGGGUUAUCGAUGGGAACGUUUUAUAGUAACCCGUGGAAAAUCCAUCCGGGCCUGGUGCUUUCCCCCUCUUGGCCGCCUUCAAGGCCGCCGCUAGUUCCUCUUCUGUGAUCGGGUUUUCUAGUUCGGUCGCCACAUCCGGCUGGAUUGUUGGUCCUAUCGCCUCGCGGAGGUAUUCUUGUGUGCGUGCCGCUAUCGCUGCUGACUGCGACUGUGUUUCCAUCGCAUCUAAGUUGUAUAAGGAUCUGUAGAAUGACUGGAAUUCCCCCGCAAUGUCCGUCGGGAGGCCAGACAUCCCGCCCGAUGUAAGGUGUAAUUUGCGAACCUGGGUGCGGGGUGUCUGGCCCUUUAGUAGGCGGGCAAGGAAUCGUCCCCCCUUAUUGGCAUGGGUGUAAAAGAAUGCCUUAGAGCGUUGCAAUGCUCCUUUAGUUGUCGUCUGGAUUGCAUCAGCGUUGCAGGGUACGGUGGUGGCGUUUCACCAGGAGCUCCUUUAGUUGUCGUCUGGAUUGCAUCAGGUCCCGGUAUAUCUCCAUGAGGUGUGACCUUUUAUGCUGAGCUUCCAGAUCUGUGAUUCGCCUGUAGAGGUUAGCCAUCUCGCUCAUCGUCGCCUUCUUCUUAUGUGAGGCUAUGCGUAUGAGCGUGCCCCGCAGGACGCUUUUAUGGGCCUCCCAGAGCGAUAUUGGAGAGAUGUCUGGGGUCGCGUUAUCCUGAAAGUAUUGAGUCAAUGCCUGGGAGAUUUGUUCCCGUGUGCCAGGGUCCAGGAGGAGGGACUCGUUAAGUCUCCACGUCCACACGGAAGGUCGAAAAAGUGGGGACUCGAGCUCCACUACAACUGGGCCGUGAUCCGACCACGUGGCCGGUUCUAUCUUGGCCGAGAUCAGGCUCGAUAGCCCAGUUUGUCUAAUAAAGAGGUAGUCGAUGCGGGAGUAUCUAUCGUGAAGCGCGGAGUAGUAUGUAAAGUCUUUCACUGAUGGGUUGAGUGUUCUCCAGCAAUCCGCUAGAUCCAUGUCGCCCAGGGCUCUUCGGAUAGCUCGUAUAUGUAGUUGAGUGACGCUACUGUGUCCCGUAGAGGAGUCCAAAAGAGGAUCCAGCGGGACAUUAAAGUCGCCUCCUAGGAUUAGGAUGCCCUCGGAGAAGUCCUUUAGUUUUGCCAGGGUGCUUUUCAAGAACAUGGCUUGUCGUUUGUUGGGGACAUAAAUGUUGGCGAAGGUGUAUAUCUUACCCGCUAUUGCCCCCUUUAAAAAGAGGUAUCUGCCCUGAGUGUCCCUAAUGCUGUCCAGUUCCUGGAGCUCCAGUCCGGCGUAUAUCAGUAUUGCAACCCCCGCCUUUCUUGCCGUAGGGUGGUUGCAGAAGUGGUUUGUUGGGUACGAUUUAUUCUGGAGCUUGGGUGCCGCCCCGGGACGAAAGUGCGUCUCCUGUAGCAUUGCCACCGAUAUAUGUCUUUUCUUAAGUUCUCGCAGGAGGUGGGACCUCCGUUCCGGGAUGUUCAAUCCCCUGCAAUUAAGGGUGAGGACAGAUAUAGGAGCCGGUCGAUAGGCCAUGGUUUCUCAGGUGCGUGUGGUAAGCGAUGUAUACCCAAAUUUCUACUCACCCCUGUCUGACUCUCGUCACCCCGCGUGGGCGCAGGCCCCCGUGGCAGGCCAAUUGGAACGGGGAGGGAUGGAGACCGUCUUAGGCGGUAGUCAGGCGGAUAGAGGGUAGGGUAGGGGUGGUGGGGAGCGAGAAGGGGAAGGAUGACCAAAGGGGGUAGAAGAGAGCAGGGAUAGGGGUAAGUUGGCAGAGAGAGAGAAGAGAAAGAGAAGAAAGGUGAAUGUCCCGUCCGAUGAACGGUUUUUCUGGGGUAAGGGGUACCCCUCGUGUGCCACCCCAACGAGUGGGGUGACUCGUGCUACGGCGGGCAGCCCAGGGGGCACGUCCAGGUAACCAGACCUAUGGACGGUGACCCACUGUGGCCCGUCGUGUGUCUUGAGCACGAGUGUGGGUUGAGGUGUGCGAGUCAGUACUCGACCAAGUGGUAUCCAAUGGAUGUGAGGAAGGCAGAGCCGUCCACAUAGUACCCCGUGUUUGCUGGAUACAUAUUUCUCAUGAAGCGAUUUAAUGCAUAGAUGAACAGUUAAGAAUAACAGAACAACAGCGCGUGUGGCAACUAAACAGCGUAAUAACAAGCAUACGACAAUCAACAGAUUCCAUCCCGCCCGUCAGUCCCGAGACUCCCAAGGAUCGUCCCCCCCCUCCCUCCCGCCAUCGUUUUCACAGCUCCCCUUAUAGAGGUAAUGCUCACAGUGUCCGUCCUGAGGUCGGGAGGUCAAUGUUGGUCAUGUGAGGUGGUCCCUCGUCCGCCCCACGCCCCCUCCCCAGUCGUGUAUGUACAGGUAGGGGGCCCGUGUCUGUCCAGUUUCAUAUUGUAUUGUCCCCCCUCCCUCCCCUGUAGCCCGCCCAACUCCAAUGCGUGUAGUAUGAGGUGGGAAUAGGCAGCAUGCAUCUUAGCACCAAAGGAGGGUCCCCCCCCCGCGUGACCCCCCCGCGGGCGCUAUGUGGCGUGCCCAACCCAAUUAUCACCCGGGGGAACAGAUUUAUGCAGAGCAGUCCAAAGUCUCAUUGCUAGGCCUUAGUACAAGGCACCUAUAGCUGGAUCAUAAUGGUGGGUUUCAGGUUGUGAUGUCUUCACGCUAUAUGAAGCACAGAUGAAGUGUCCAGGAGCGUUUGAGAUUUGCGCCUUUGUCCUCACUGCCCAUCCAGUUUCCCCACUCCCCAUUGUACCCCCCACCCAAACCAGAGGAGGAGAGAAAAUAAAAAUAAAAUUUUUUAUAAAAAUAAAAUUGUUUUUAUACAUAAGGGUAUCCCCAUCUACCCCCCCUCCCGGCCAAGUGAAUCCUCACAUGUGCCAUGUCCCGAGUUGGGGAGGGAUGGGAGCCGAGUGCCGGGUGCGUGCGUGAAGGUUGUGGCAUGCGGGCAUAAAUUUCGAAUGGGGCCAUGGGGAAGUGUCCCUUUAUCAAUCCACUCAUUGCUGCUCUGCGUGCAAACUUUCCAGAGUUACCCCGGUUGUGGGUUAGCGGCUCUUUCAGGAGUCAGUUACGGGUGGGAACAUGCGAGCCACGCAAGCAGGAGGAACGGGGAGGGGGGGAGGGGGGCUGCUGCCCUGUUCGCAUGGCAACGGACUGAGAAUCUGGGGUCGCCUUGACGGGAUAAUGGGGGAGUCGGGGUACGGUCAGGGAGCCCCCCUCUCUGGGAGUGUUACUCACUCAGCCUGGCCUCCCGGGUCCAUGCGCCGCCUGGGAAGUUGCCGAGGAGGGGAUCCUUCCCUGCGCCUCCGUGGAGCUCUCUGUGGUCGCGGUACUUGUCCUACGGGUCCAAGGACCCAGUUUGUGACCGGGAUGGGUGGUAUCCCCAAAGUCUCCAGGAAACGUGGUAUCUCCGCCGGCCAUCUUGCAGAUAUCCAGCCGUCUUGGUGGCGGGCCAUCAGUGCGAACGGGAAGCCCCAUUUGUAGUUGACGUGGCGGUCACGUAGGGCAGUUGUGACCGGCCUCAGGGCUCUCCUGGCGGUAAGUGUGAGGGGGGAGAGGUCGUUAUAGAGGGAUACCUGGGCGUUUCGGUACGUCCAUUCCGGGCGUUCACGGGCCCUCUUCAUGAUAGAGUCUUUGACGGGGAAGGAGUGGAGGCAGCAGAUGAGGUCCCUCGGCCCGUCUUCAGGUAAACGGGGUCGGGUGGCUCUGUGCGCCCGUUCAAAUUCAAACUGAUGGGGUGCCUCUUCCUGCAGCAACAUGUUGAAGAGGCCUGUCAGAACCUCCUCCGCGUCUUCCUCCCCCUCUGCCUCUGGGACCCCGCGGACCCGGAUGUUGCACCUGCGGCCUCUAUUGUCGAGGUCCUCCAGAUGUCUUCUCAUGUCGAGGAGCAUUUCUCCUUGCCGUGAGACCGCCACAUCAGUAGCUGAGAUCCUGUUGGAUUGGGCCUCCGUGGAGUGUUCUAGGGCUUCUAUGCGGCUUCCUUGAGCGGUAACGUCCGCUCUGAUGCCCGCCAUCUCCGCCCUCAGGGCGUCCUGUAUCGUGGUGGUGAGGGUGAGCAGGUCAGUUUUAGUGGCCAUAGAUGCUGCAAUGGAUCGGAGUUCUUCGCUUAUCCGGUCCAGGGCAGAGUGUUCUGUGCCCAUGGACGAGGCAGGAGAUGACGGUGCCGACCUCGGGCCUACCGCCUCCCCUCCAGACCCAGGAGUCGGCUGCAGAAAGGAGUCCAUGGGACCCUGAGAUUGGGUUUGUUGGGAGCCCCUCGGUGUCUGUGGGGGCUCCGUGCGCCUGUUGCGACCCAUCCGUUGCCUGUGGCUAUAUUUAAUCGCCGUUUUAGGGGUGUUGUGGAGUGGAGCUCACAGAUUAAGCUGCCAUCUUGGUCCAGGUCCUGGCCACGCCCCUCCGCUGCCGCCCUUACUUUUAUUCUAUAUUUCCCCACCCCCUUUACUUUCAGUCUUUUUUUCUCUCCCCACCCCCUUUCCUUUCAGUCUCUCUCUCUCUCUCUCUCUCCCCACACCCAUUACUUUCAGUCUCUCUCCCCACACUCAUUACUUUCAGUCUUUUUCUCCCCACCCCCUUACUUUCAGUUUCUCUCCUCACCCCCCUUACUUCCAAUAUCUGCAUCCCCACCCUCUUACUUUCUCCCCCCACUCCAUUUCUUUCAGGGGGUGCCCUUACUUGCCUAUAUUUCCCCACCCCUUUACUUUCAGUCUUUUUUUCUCCCCACCCCCUUUCCUUUCAGUCUCUCUCUCUCUCUCUCUCUCCCCACACCCAUUACUUUCAGUCUCUCUCCCCACACUCAUUACUUUCAGUCUUUUUCUCCCCACCCCCUUACUUUCAGAGUCUCUCUCUCUCUCUCUCUCUCUCUCUCUCUCUCUCUCUCUCCCCACCCCCAUUACUUUCAGUCUCCCCCCACACACCCCCGUGUCUGUAUUCAUAGCCCCUCGUCAUGUCCUCAAGACAGGUCAAUAAGGGGGUAAGAUUUGGACAACACUCCUCGCUGAUCUGAAACAAAUUGGUUUGACCCAAUUUUCCUCCUCUUUCUCUCCCCUGAACAUGUGUGAAAACAUGUCUCUCUCCUCCACCCUUCACUUUCAGUCUCUCUUUCCCCACCCCCUUACUUUUACUUUCAGUCUCUCUCUCCCCACCCCUUGCUUUCAGUCUCUCUCUCCCCACCCCCUUACACUUCAGUCUCUCUCUCCCACCCCUUACUUUCCAGUCUCUCUCUCCCCACCCCCUUACUUUCAGUCUUUCUCGCUUUCCCCUUACUUUCCAGUCUCUCUCCCCACCCCUUACUUUCAGUCUCUCUCCCCCACCCCCUUGCUUUCAGUCUAUAUCUCCCACCCCCUUACUUUCAGUCUCUCUCCUCACCCCCCUUACUUCCAAUAUCUGCCUCCCCACCCUCUUACUUUCUACCCCACCCCCUUUCUUUCAGCCUCUCUCCCUCCACCCCCUUACUUUUAUUCUAUAUUUCCCCACCCACCUUACUUUCAGUCUUUUUUUCUCUCCCCACCCUCUUUCCUUUCAGUCUCUCUCCCCACCCCCAUUACUUUCAGUCUCCCUCCCACCCCUUGCUUUUAGUCUCUAUCUCUCUCCCCACCCCAUUGCUUUCAGUGUCUCUCUCUCUCUCCUCUCUCCUCUCCUGUCUCCCCACCCCAUUGCCUCAGUCUGUCUCCUCCCCACCCCAUUACUUUCAGUCUGUCUCUCCCCACCCCAUUGCUUUCAGUCUGUCUCUCCCCACCCCAUUGCUUUCAGUCUGUCUCUCCCCACCCCCGUACUUUCAGUCUCUUUCUCCCCACCCCCUUACUUUCGGUCUCUUUCUCCCCACCCCUUACUUUUCAGUAUCUUUCUCCCCACCCCUUGCUUUCAGUCUCUCUCCCCACCCCAUUCUUUCAGUCUCUUUCUCCCCACCCCCUUACUUUCAGUCUGCUGUCCACACCAUUACUUUCAGUCUUUCUCCCCACCACCCUUGCUUUCAGUCUCUUUCUCCCCACCCCUUACUUUCAGUCUCUCUCCCCACCCCAUUACUUUCAGUCUCUCUCUCCCCACCCUAUUGCUUUCGGUCUCUCUCCCUCAUUGCUUUCCGGUUUCUCUCACCCCAUUGCCUCAGUCUCUCUCUCCCCACCCCCAUUACUUUCAGUCUCUUUCUCCCCACCCCCCUUGCUUUCAGUCUCUCUCCCACCCCACUUUGUUAGCACGUCUCUUUCUACCCACACCCUUUACUUUCAGGCUCUUUCUCCCCAUCGCCAUUACGUUCAGUUUCUCUCUCCCACCCCCCAUUACUUUCAGUCUCUCUCUCUCCACCCCCAUUACUUUCAGUUUCUCUCUCCCCACCACCCCAGUAAUCAUUCUGUGUCUUUCAGAAAAAAUCCGUAAAAAUGUCAAAAUCCCUUCUGUGUUUGUUGGAGAAUCUUCUGGGAAGGAGCUGCUUAGCCAUUACUCCUACUAUGAUAAGUAAGAGCGCCCCACCUGGUGUAUUUCUUGAUAAGUAAGCGCGCCCCCAUCGGGUGUAUCUCCUGAGAAGUAGCUGCAUCCCAUCUGGUGUAUCCUGUGAUAAGUAAUAGCACCCCCAUCUGGUGUAUCCUGUGAUAAGUAAUAGCACCCUCAUCUAGUGUAUCCUGUGAUAAGUAAAUACAUCCCAGCCUGGUGUCUCUUCUGAUAAGUUAGACCUCCCCAACAGGCGUACCCCGUGAUAACUAAGUUCACCCCAACCUGGUGUAUCUCAUGAUAAAUAAGAGCACCCCCACUAGGCAUAUCUCAGUAUAAGUAAGUGCGCCCCCACCUGGCACAUAUCAAAAUAAGUAAGUGCACCCCACCUUGUGUAUCUACUGAUAAGUAAGUGUGUCCCCAUCUGGUAUAUCUCAUAAUAAGUUAGAGCGCCUCCACCUGGCAUAUUCCAUGAUAAGUAAUAUCGCUUUUACCAGGUAUUUCUUGUAGAUAAAGAACACCAAUAUUUUUUGUGAUAAAGAAGUGUGCCUCCAUUUUGACGUUGCCCUUUGUUAGUGAGCGUUCCUCCAACAUAGUUUUUCUGAUAAUUAGUUUGGCGCCCGUCUGGCUUUUUUUGUGUUAAGUUAGAGGAAAUCAGUGUUUGAUAAAAUGCUGAUUAUUAGCUCUAAUACAAUUCUCCUCUCACAGCGCCAUUGUCUUCAUGGUUCCGGAGUAUAACUUCUCACUGGGAUAUUAUCUCAUCCCCUUCAUUGUGGUCGUGGCUCUGGUGAUCAUCGUCAUGUGUAUUGUCAUGGUAAGACGUCAUAUAUUGCCACAUUAUAACAGGAGGAUAAUUUGUGUAAAUUGUCUUAUAGAAAAUUAAAUGUUUGUAUCGAAUAAAAGUAGUACAUAUCGACUGGUCACAGCGGUGGUAAUACCACGGCCUUGCACUGGAAAGCCCAGGUAGGAAUCCCAGCCAGACCACCUAACCAGUACCAAUAUAUAGCUGCCUAAUACAAGUCCUCGUGGAUUGCAAACUGGUUUUAAGGAGGGCCUAACUCCAAUUAUAGAAAGGGAAUAUUUGCAAGUAAAUAGUGGAAUAAUAAUGAUAUGUACUUACAGUUAUUCCCUAGAUCUGGGGCACAUUGUACAAGUCCUUACCUUUCUCCUACAUAUGGAAGACCCCUCGUUCAUAGAUGUGUCUAUAGCUCCAUCCAUGAAAAACAUGAAUAGAGUCGUUAGAAACAUAGACAUAGAAACAUAGACACAGAUGUAACGGCUACCCCAGUGGAGAGGUGGUAUCACCUGUUGGAGACGUCCUUUUAACCGGCAAGAUGCUGUGCAGUAAUAGCCAUCUUUCUAUCAGCUGGAUCCAAGUAGAGAGAGAGAGAGAGAGAGGUAGAGCUCUCAAAAGAGCUAGUGAUUAGCUUAGCAGGUUCCCUUUCAAUAACGAAACAAAGCUACGUUUUGAAGGGUAAAGUAGAACUGAGGUUUAAUGACAGGUAUUCUCCUUUUAUGUGGUGCUCCCAUGCAAGGGAGAUACCCACAGACAAUUAGACGUUAACCAAUCAGACAAUGGUUACAACCCACAGAUCCCCUCCCCUCUGCUUGGGAGAUAAUUGAGUUUCUUACUGUAUCUACUCAAUUAUCUCCAAGCUAAAAUUUAUACUUUUUAUGCAUUUUUAUAACUUUCAGAUUUUUCAUCAUACAGGAAUAAAACUUGUAUUUUAAUGAACAACACAACUUGGGGAAAAACAUAUUCAAAAUUUGUACAAAUCCGUUCAGGGGUUCCAGAAAUAUUAAAAAGUCUCUUUGGACCGACCGCACGCCUGUUUGCAUGCCCAAAACAGUUCCACAGAUUCAGGCUGUGCGGUCGGUCUAUUUCUGCCCUGAAAAAUAACAAAGUCCCAUGCGAAGGCGGCGUUCGAGUCAUCGAACGCACUUCGACUUCUGUCGAAGUGAAACCGGGGUUAAGUUUCAGUGGUGUUCGUUAGUUAAGUGAAGGUCUAUUUUACACCAAAAUGACACAGUCCCAUUCGAACAUGCAUUUGAAUCUUCGAACGGGACUUAGUCUCUAGCCGCAGUGUCGAAGGGUAGGGAAGGUUCAGGUCAGUGGUGUUUGUUCAAAUGUGUGGCCAAUUUCCGUUCCAGGGAUUUGACGGCACACACCGCUGACCGCGUUCGACUGUAUUAAAAUGGCCGCCGCCACAUGUUCGAUUGUCUAAUGGCGGCCACUUCGACUACUUCAGGCUGUAUCCGAAAUGCCAUAUCAAACGUACCAAUCCUUUGCACAAAAAAGUUAAAGGGCCAGACACAGUCUUUGUUCUUUGGUAGAGGCAAUGUGGAUGAUGGCAACAACAAACAAAAGGUAGAGGUUCCCAGGCAACAUGGUAGGGGGUUGUUACAUGGCUCCCCUUUGUGGAACACCCCGGCAGACCCGGCUUCAUCCUUUUCGGGUCAACUUUGGGAUGUCCAGGCUGCUGCUAGGGCAUAAGUUCUGUUUGCCUGGACAGUCCAUCCGCAUUCCCGUCAAGCUUGCCAGGUCGAUACUGGAUGGAAAAAUUAUAUGGUUGAGGAGCCAAGCUCCAUCUCAGUAGUCAGCCAUUAUCUCCUGCCACUCUAUUCAACUAGACAAGAGGGUUGUGGUCAGUAAUUAGGGUAAAUUCCUGACCAUACAAAUACGGGGUGAGUUUCUUUAGAGCCCAGACCAGGGCUAGGCACUCCUUCUCCACUGCCGCAUAACUCACCUCCCUGGGUAACAAUUUUCUACUCAGAUACGCUACAUCUUCCCCGAUCUGGUUUAGAACUGCCCCCAGUCCGUACAUGGAAGCAUCUGUAUGGACGACAAAUCGUUUGUUAGGGACGGGGGCAGAUAGUACAGGAGCGUUUAUUAGAGCUUUCUUUAAGGCUUGGAAGGCUGUUUUGCAGGAGAGAGACCACAGGAGUAGUCCCAGAAGAUUGGAAGUUAGUGAAUGUUGUGCCCAUUUACAAGAAAGGUAAUAGGGAUGAACAUCUAAAAACACAUGGAUUUCAAGAUUAGAGACAACAUGGGUUUACUUCAGGGAGAUCAUGCCAAACUAAUCUUAUUGAUUUUUCUGAUUGGGUAACUAAAAUUAUAGAUCAGGGUGGUGCAGUAGACAUUGCUUACCUAGUUUUCAGUAAGGCUUUUGACACUGUUGCACAUAGAAAGCUUAUCAAUAAACUGCAAUCUUUAAGUUUGGAUUCCAAUAUUGUUGAAUGGGUAAGGCAGUGGCUGAGUGACAGGCAACAGAGGGUUGUAGUUAAUGGAAUAUAUUUGAAGCUUGGACUUGUCACCAGUGGGGUACCUCAGGGAUCUGUACUUGGACCCAUUCUCUUUAAUAUUUUUAUUAGUGAUAUUGCAGAAGGUCUUGAUGGUAAGGUAUGUCUUUUGCUGAUGAUACUAAGAUAUGUAACAGGGUUGAUGUUCCAGGAGGGAUAAGCCAAAUGACAAAUGAUUUAGGUAAACUAGAAAAAUGGUCAGAAUUGUGGCAACUGACAUUUAAUGUGGAUAAGUGCAAGAUAAUGCAUCUUGGACGUAAAAACCCAAGGGCAGAGUACAGAAUAUUUGAUAGAGUCCUAACCUCAACAUAUGAGGAAAGGGAUUUAGGGGUGAUUAUUUCUGAUGACUUAAAGGUAGGCAGACAAUGUAAUAGAGCAGCAGGAAAUGCUAGCAGAAUGCUUGGUUGUAUAGGGAGAGGUAUUAGCAGUAGAAAGAGGGAAGUGCUCAUGCCAUUGUACAGAACACUGGUGAGACCUCACUUGGAGUAUUGUACACAGUACUGGAGACCGUAUCUUCAGAAGGAUAUUGAUACCUUAGAGAGGGUUCAGAGAAGGGCUACUAAACUGGUUCAUGGAUUGCGGGAUAAAACUUACCAGGAAAGGUUAAAGGAUCUUAACAUGUAUAGCUUGGAGGAAAGACGAGACAGGGGGGAUAUGAUAGAAACAUUUAAAUAUAUAAAGGGAAUCAACACAGUAAAGGAGGAGACUAUAUUUAAAAGAAGAAAAACUACCACAACAAGAGGACAUAGUCUUAAAUUAGAGGGACAAAGGUUUAAAAAUAAUAUCAGGAAGUAUUACUUUACUGAGAGGGUAGUGGAUGCAUGGAAUAGCCUUCCAGCUGAAGUGGUAGAGGUUAACACAGUAAAGGAGUUUAAGCAUGCGUGGGAUAGGCAUAAGGCUAUCCUAACUAUAAGAUAAGGCCAGGGACUAAUGAAAGUAUUUAGAAAAUUGGCCAGACUAGAUGGGCCGAAUGGUUCUUAUCUGCCGUCACAUUCUAUGUUUCUAUAUGUUUCUAUGUUUCUACUCUAGGAAGGUUCUUUUUAGUUAGGUCUGUCAGGGGUUUAGCAAUGGUGCUAUAGUCAGGGACGAAUUUCCUGUAAUACCCAGCUCUCUCUAGAAAGGCCAGUGCCUGGGUCUUGGUGUGGGGGGGUGGGCCAGUUAGCAACGGCCUCUACCUUGGCUGGCUUGGGAUGUUGCUUCCCACACCCCACCCGGUGUCCCAAGUACUGGUCUUCGGCCAUGCCAAUGUGGCACUUUUACGGCUUCAGAGUUAGGCCAGCAGCCCGAAUCUGGUCCAGUAUGGCCUCUACAUGCUUCAGAUGCUCCCCCCAUGUCUCACCAUAGAUCGCAAUGUCAUCCAGGUACGCACAAGCGAAGCCCUGGAAGCCAUCAAGGAGCCUAUCCACCAAGCGUUGGAACGUGGCUGGGGCAUUCUUCAUCCCGAAUGGCAUGACCUUAAAUUGGUAUAGGCCUAACGGGGUGAUGAAUGCCGACUUGGGAAUAGCCUCCUUGGCCAGGGGAAUCUGCCAGUAUCCCUUACAUAAAUUGAUAGUGAUCAGAUAGCGUCCCCUGGCAAUGCGAUCUAAUAGCUCAUCCACUCGGGGCAUUGGAUAAGCGUCAGUCACUGUACGGUCAUUGAGGCGUCAUUAGUCAACACAGAACCCGGGUGGCUCCGUCCCUUUUGGGGACUAAAAUGACUGGAGAGGCCCAGGGGCUGUCUGAGGGCUUGUUAACCCCUAAGUGAAGCAUCUCCAGUAUCUCUUUUCUCAUCUCUUCCUUAACUGCCUCGGGGAUUCAGUAGGGGGUUGUCUAAGGGGUGCUUGUCCCGGGGUCUCAACGUGGUGGGUCGCUAGUGUGGUGUACCCUGGUUCUUGGGAGAAAGUUGAUUCUUUUUCCAUUAGCAGCUGCCUAAGUUGGCCCUUUUCUGCGGGAUUUAUGCGCUCCCCUAGUUGGACGGUACUGAGUAGGCUACGGGGCACUGGGCGAGCUAGGAAAUCUGGGAUAGGCAGACUGUCAGGGUCGUCUGUAGCGGGGAUACAUAUGGCCGCAAUAACUUCCGGCCUCUCCUGAUACUCCUUCAAGAGGUUAACAUGGGAUAACAAGGAUUUCUGAAUCCUUUCAUCCUUAUUGCUGGCAAUCACAUAGGACCUUCUGUCCCACCUGGAACGAUCGCUGUCGGGCACCCCGGUCCCACCAUCGUUUCUGUCGACCCUUGGCCGCAUGGAGAUGGUCUCGUGCCAUCCGGGCCAAUUGCUCCAUGCGGACUCGCAUCUCCAGAACGUAUGGCACAAUGGGGACACCCUCAUGCCCCAUCUCCCCCUCCCAGUGCUGCUGAAUGAGGUCAAGGGGUCCUCUGACCAUAAAGCAGUUCGAAAGGGGAGAAGCAGUGGAUUCCUGGGGCACCUGUCGAUAUGCGAACAAGAGGUGCGGCAGAAAUCGCUCCCAGUCUCUGUACUCAUCUGUAAAGGUCCGCAGUAACUGUUUAAGGGUACCAUUAAAAUGCUCACAGAGACCGUUAGUCUGGGGGUGGUAAGGUGAGCUGAGUAGGGGUUUGAUACUGCAGACCUUCCAUAAUUGUUGGGUGAGGUCUGCGGUAAACUGAGUCCCCCUGUCAGACAGUAUUUCCUGCGGGAACCCCACUCUGGUGAAUAUCCCGACCAAGGCACUGGCAACAGUAUCAGCCUGGAUAUUCGUCAGAGCGACUGCUUCCGGGUAGCGGGUAGCAUAGUCCACCAUGGUAAGAAUAUAUGUCUUACCCGAUGGACUGGGGUUGGGUAGGGGGCCAACUAGAUCGACUGCCACCCUGCUAAAAGGUUCCUCGAUCACUGGCAUGGGUGACAGUCUGGCCUUAGGGUGGUCCCCUCUUUUCCCUACUCGCUGGCAAACGUCACACGUGCUGCAGUAACGUUGCACAUCCUUAGAGAUCCCCGGCCAAAAGAAGGUCUGGGUGAUCCUGUAGGUUGUACGGUUACCACCCAGGGGUCCUGCAAAGGGAAUAUUGUGUCCGAUUUGGAGAAGCUCCAACCGGUACUUUCUGGGUACCACUAGUUGGUGCUUCUGCGAAGGGGCACAGCAUCUCCUCCUACCUUCCGUCAACCUAUACAGUCUGUCAUUAUCCCAUAUAAAACGUUCAUGCUCAUCCCCCCACUCUCUGCUUUCUCCCAGUACUUUUAGAGGGAUGGGUUCUCUCUAGUUUCCCUCCCAAACUCCUCUGGUGUAUCCCAAGCUAAGGGUCUAUUAACUAUGGUCGGGGAAAGGGUCAGUGAGGUUUUUACCUGGGUCUCCCGUCCUGGUGUAGGGUCCUCUGCGACACGGGUCUGUGAUUGAGUGGUCACUGGGCAAGCAGCAGCAGUGUUACUGGGUAAGUAGGCAGAAGCCAGAGGGCCAAUAUCAUUGCCCAACACAACUUCUGCAGGCAAGUUGUUCACGAUACCCACAGUAUUUUUCACAGAUCCGAUUCCCCAGUCCAGGUGCACUCGGGCACUGGGGAGGCGAAAGACAGCUCCUCCAGCAACACGUACAGCGACGGUGCGGUUGGACAGGUGUGCUGGUUUAACUAAAUGCCUUUGCAUCAGGGUGAUGGUAGCGCCUGUGUCUCUCAGGCCUUGGGCUAUCUGGCCAUUCACUCGUACCUCUUUGGUGGUGAUGCUGACGGUUGUCUGGGGAUGCGGCUUGUAUAGGGUCCGCCUCAUACAGGAUGCCCAGGCAUUCCUCUGGCCCCAGCUCAGUCUCCAGGCAGUGGGCGGCAGAGGCACAAGGUGUUGUGGGCUCAGCGUUGGGUGCGGGGUGCCUCCAGUUAGUAGCAGAAGCAGACGACAUGUCCAGUAUUGCUGCACCAAUGGCAAGUGGUCUUGGAUAGAUCUCGGGGGUAGUUGCUGGACCCCUGGGGGCGAGAAGGCCCUGGGGGUAUGGGAGCAUGAAAUUAUGAGCAAGGAACUGGGGCUGGGGUACGGUGCUCCACAUGGUUAGGUUGCCGGAGAGUGCUUUGGCUCACCUUUCUAGUUUCAGUGUACUCAUCCGCCAAGCGAGCCGCAUCGUUUCAGGUGAGGGGACGGCGGUCUCGUACCCAGUCCUGUACAUUGGCAGAUAAGUCCUGGAAAAAAUGCUCCAUCAGGAACAGCUGUAACACUUCCUCCCUGGUGUUGGUGUGGCAACUUUUGACCCAGUAGGAUGCCACUCAUUGUAGCCGGCAAACCCAUUCCAUGUGGGAGUCCACAGCCCUUUUCUUGGACUCCCGGAAGUGGCGACGGUAAGUCUCUGGGGUCACGGCAUACCUGGUGAGAAGUGCAUCCUUAACCAGUUGGUAUUGGCUGUUGUGGCAUUACCAUUUGUAGAUUGUACUCCCUCCUCUUUUCAAUCUCUGCCUCGACCUCUACGAAGGUCCAGUCAAUCCUUUCCUCGGAUGGGGCCGGAUACAUAGCUAGCCUUCCCUGGACGAUGAGGCGGAUCUCCUCCUCCUCCUCAUUGUUCUGGAAACUCAGUUCGAGGGCUUCCAUAGACUGAUCCAUCUCGUCCGGCUCUAGCAGAUCAGCAAUCAGCUCUCUCCGUGGUCUGUUACUCUGCUCUCCUUCAGCAUAGGUCUCUUCAGUUUGGCAUAUUGGUUCUCCAUUCAGCGCUUGCUCUGUGGAUGAAAGGACCAUCCGGCCGCUGCCACCAAUGUAACGGCUACCCCAGUGGAGAGGGGUAUCAGCAGUUGGAGACGUCCUUUUAACCGGCAAGAUGCUGUGCAGUAAUAGAGUAGCCUUCUUUCUAUCAGCUGGAUCCAAGUAGAGAGAGAGGGAGAGGUAGAGCUCUCAAAAGAGCUAGUGAUUAGCUGAGCAGGUUCCCUUUCAAUAACGAGACAAAGCUACGUUUUGGUAAAGUAGAACUGAGGUUCAAUGACAGGUACUCUCCUUUUAUGUGGUGCUCCCAUGCAAGGGAGACACCCACAAACAAUUGGACGUUAACCAAUCAGACAAUGGUUACAUCCCACAGAUUCCCUCCCCUAUGCUUGGGAGAUAAUUGAGUUUCUUACUGUAUCUACUCAAUUAUCUCCAAGCUAAAACUUAUACUUUUUAUGCAUUUUUAUAACUUUCUGAUUUUUCAUCAUACAGGAAUAAAACAUAUUUUAAUGAACAACACAACUUGGGGAAAAACAUAUUCAAAAUUUGUACUAAUCCAUUCAGGGGUUCCAGAAAUAUUAAAAAGUCUCUUUGGACCGACCGCACGCCUGUUUGCAUGCCCAAAACAGUUCCACAGAAUCAGGCUGUGCAGUCGGUCUAUUUCUGCCCUGAAAAAUAACAAAGUCCCAUCCGAGGGCGGCGUUCGAAUCAUCGAACGCACUGCGACUUCUGUCGAAGUGAAACCGGGGUUAAGUGUCAGUGGUGUUCGUUAGUUAAGUGAAGGUCUAUUUUACACCAAAAUUACACAGUCCAAUUUGAACGUGCGUUCGAAUCUUCGAACGGGACUUAGUCUCCAGCCGUAGUGUCGAAGGGUAGGGGAAGGUACAGGUCAGCGGUGUUCGUUCAAAUGUGUGGCUGAUUUAAAUUCCAGGGAUUUGACGGCACACACCGCUGACCGCGGGCGACUGGAUUAAAAUGGCCGCCGCACACAGUGUCUCCCCGCACACAGUGUAUUAUAACUGCAGCUAUGAGGUUAUGGUGUUAGGAGGUCCCUUGUCUCCCCGCACACAGUGUAUUAUAACUGCAGCUAUAAGGUUAUGGUGUAAGGAGGUCCCCUGUCUCCCCACACACAGUGUAUUAUAACUGCAGCUAUAACGUUAUGGUGUAAGGAGGUUGCCGGCCUCCCUGCUCACAGUGUAUUAUAACUGCAGGUAUAAAGUUAUGGUGUAAGGAGGCCCCCUGUCUCCCCACACACAGUGUAUUAUAACUGCAGUUAUAAGGUAAUGGUUUAAGGAGGUCCCCUGUCUCCCCACACACAGUGUAUUAUAACUGCAGCUAUAACAUUAUGGUGUAAGGAGGUUGCCUGUCUCCCUGCACACAGUGUAUUAUAACUGCAGGUAUAAAGUUAUGGUGUAAGGAGGUCCCAGUUCUCCCCACACACCGUGUAUUGUAACUGCAGCUAUAAGGUUAUGGUGUAAGAGGUCCCCUGUCUCCCUGCACACAGUGUAUUAUGUUGUGUUGUUGCUGUGUUUUGCCGUUUAGCGCUAACUGUAUAUUGAUUAAUAUUCUGUCUUGGCAGGUAGUGCGCUGUUUGCAGCACAGAAAGAGGAUGCGCAGGAAUCGCCUGUCUAAGGAACAGCUAAAGAAACUCCCCAUCCACAAAUUUAAAAAAGGUGAGAGAGAAUUUCCAAAUUAUUUAAAGUAAAUUGCACAUUUUAAAGGGACACUAUAGUCACCUGAACAACUUUAGCUUAAUGAAGCAGUUUUGAUGUAUAGAACAUGGCCCUGCAGCCUCACUGCUCAAUCCUCUGCCAUUUAGGAGUUAAAUCCCUUUGUUUAUGAACCCUAGUCACACCUCCCUGCAUGUGACUUGCACAGCCUUCCAUAAACACUUCCUGUAAAGAGAGCCCUAUUUAGGCUUUCUUUAUUGCAAGUUCUGUUUAAUUAAGAUUUUCUUAUCCCCUGCUAUGUUAAUAGCUUGCUAGACCCUGCAAGAGCCUCCUGUAUGUGAUUCAAGUUCAAUUUAGAGAUUGAGAUACAAUUAUUUAAGGUAAAUUACAUCUGUUUGAAAGUGAAACCAGUUUUUUUUUCAUGCAGGCUCUGUCAAUCAUAGCCAGGGGAGGUGUGGCUAGGGCUGCAUAAACAGAAACAAAGUGAUUUAACUCCUAAAUGACAGUGAAUUGAGCAGUGAAAUUGCAGGGGAAUGAUCUAUACACUAAAACUGCUUUAUUUAGCUAAAGUAAUUUAGGUGACUAUAGUGUUCCUUUAAGCCUCAGUAGUGAAGUGAAAUUGAGCUUAGUGGAUGUUUCAGUUUGGUUGUUUUAGACACUUUUAAUUUUUGACAAGUUAUAAUUUAUCGUUUUAAUCAGUAAACACCGAGUUUAGUGAAUAAUUCCAACACAGUCCGAUUGCCGUUUUACCUUUCUUCCUCCAAUUUCUCUUAUGGCUUUAAUUGCCCAUAAAAUAUCCUUCUCUGUAAUAGAAAAUCCUUAUUCUCGUAACAAUGGUCUGCCUUUUAUUUUUUUCACCUUCGCUUCUCUCAUUGCUAAAAUCUCUCUGUCCUUCUGCUUACCUGUUCCUGCUGAUGCUUUCUACGUUGUUCCCUCUUUACUUCCCUACUCUUUUUCUGUUCAUACCAUGCACUUUCCUCAUACCUCAUACCUUCUAAAUCCUCUAAAUACAAGCUCUCACACCAAGCAUUUAAUCUCAUGCCGAAACGCGCGUCAAAACACUUGUCGGGCUGCCGAUGCACAUACUUUGAUUUUAAUAUAUAUACUUUGGAUUGGUGCCUUGACUUCUGUUCCACUUGGAUUUCGAGACUCUGAGAAGCAGCAGGGGGGAGGUCUAGUCGGCUAUAAGGGUUUAACUGGACACUUUUCACCCAUUCUACAUCUAGCUGUACGCUCUUCCCUCUGUUUUGUCUACUUGUCCCCUUAAGUCUAUCAGAACUGUGUUUAUAUUUACGGACACGUUCUUAUAUGUGUGAUUACUAAUAAACAGCUUCUGCUAUCUAUCCAUGUUCAAUGUCUACUUACUAAUAUUUAUUUAUUUAUUUAUAAAAUAUUUUAUCAGGAGAGAUACAUUGUUUUCAAGUAUGUCCUGGGUCCACAAAUCAUUGCAUUGUUACAUUAGGGUACAAUAAAAUAAAAAAACAAUAUUAAUACACAAUGAAUACAAAAUUUAACAUAGAACAGGUAGGAAAUAUAUAAUCAACCAUGACAGAUGCAUUCUGUUUUGAGGUAUGUAGAGAGGGAUCUCUUAAAGGACUUAGGGAAGAUUUUAAAUUGUGCGGGACGUCGUUCCACAAUUGCGGUGCUCUGUAGGAGAAGGAGGAUCGGGCUGCUUUCUUUUUGUAUUGAGGUAGACUAAGUAAAGUGCUGGUACUGGAUCGGAGGUUAUAGGAGGUGGGAAUAUGAUAUGACUUUCCAUAUGUAUAUUUCACAUUCACCCUUAUAUAUUUAGUUCUGUAUUUGCUUUUUUCUAAUAAAGGUUAUUACCCUAUAUUGUAUUUUAAUUGGAGGUAAUCUUUGUGGGGUUGGUUUGUCUCAUUGAUUUUAGGAGGAAAAUUGGGAAAAUUUAGAAAAUUGGGCAGACUAGAUGGGCCGAAUGGUUCUUAUCUGCCGUCACAUUCUAUGUUUCUAUGAACCCAACCUCAUUAGUCUGUUGUCAUAUUUGUAUCCAGGGGUCAUGCCCUAUUUACCUCUGUAGCCCAUCCCCAAACUACAGGGCAAGUAUCUUUCUCGCCACCUGUAGUUUUUUCUCGCCUCAAUUGUUAAAUGUAUCCCUUUUAUAAUAUUAUAAAGCUGCGGAAUAAGUUGGCGCAAUAUAAAUACCAAUAAUAAUAGCUUAAUAAGGACAAUUACUAAAGACCGUAUCUCCAGAAGGAUAUUGAUACUUUGGAAAGCGUUCAGAGAAGGGCUACUAAACUGGUUCAUGGAUUGCAGGAUAAAAAUGAUAGAUGAUGAAAACUAACAAUGAGUACAAUUCCCAUAUUCUACCACCAGGUGGAGAUAAACAUUCUACGCAGUAUAAGUAACCUUCCAUUCUCAAUGUAAGUGUUUAUGGUGGCAGUGAGUCUAUUGUAAGAUAUCUUUACCACCUCUACUGGAAACCUUUUCCAUGUAUGUACAACUCUAUUGUUACAUAGAUUGUUCCCUGUAAGUUUAGAUUAGAUGUCAUUUCCUGCCUAUAAAUCAUUUAAUAUAUGGACUUUUUGUGUGCCCCAUCGUUUCAUCGUUUCCAGUUGACGUAUUUAAGGUUUUAAUCUUUCUUGAUGUGUUUUAUGUAUCUUGGCCUAUUUUUUGGCUGCAUUCCUGUUUUUCUGACGAGACUCAUUAUUUUGGGUGAGGUCUUAUGAGUCAUUAAGAGCCACAAGUUCCACUAUUUUUCUAAUGUUUCCCCUCGUCUUGUACAUCCACAAAUUCUGCUGGUUUUGCACCCUGCUUUGUUUAAAGAGUUACUACAAGCACCAUGACCACUUAUGGGAUUAGAAGUGGUCAUGGUGCCUGCAGUAUCCAUGUACAGCGCUUUUUCUACGAAACGCUACAAAUACAGCAGUUAAUCCCUUUGCUGCCCUAGGUGUACCUCCACCUCCGGCAUUGUGAUUGGGAUGUCGGUUCUGUGCGCAUUGCACAGUAUGCACAGCAUGCUGGAGCCAGACAGCCAAUGGCAGCAAACCCUUCUCCCAAUGCUAACAAUGUGCCCCCGUACUGACCAUGUCCUCUCCUCAGUCUGUGAGGGGGAGUGAUGUCAGGCAGCCAGUAGGUAUUGGGCCAGGUAAGUACAAUCUUGGCCCCUAUAUUCUUGAGUUCAUUCCAUCUAGCCGCACAGACUAGUUUACUAUUAGCAUUUUAUAAAAUUCAUCUUUACUGAAUCAAUUCCCCUCACAGUUUAAAGAAACUGAAGCUAUCUGAGAAGUUACAGGAAAAAUAAAAAUAAAAAUGUUUUUUUUUUCCCCUUCAAAAUUAUGAGCCUAAACUUUCAGUAAUUUAAUCUGAGAGCCAAAUAUUGUAAAUCUGGGAUUGAGAUAUACGUGAAAACUGCUAUGUUUACAUAUGGGUUAAUCCAGCCUCUAGUGGCUGUCUCAUUGACAGGUGCUAGAGGGGCUUCCGCGCCUCUCACUGUGAUUUUUCACAGUGAGAAGACGCCAGCGUCCAUAGGAAAGCAUUGAGAAGGCUUUCCUAUGGACUGACUGAAUGCGUGCGCGGCUCUUGCCACGCAUGCGCAUUCAGCCGAUGACGGAAGAAGAGGGAGAAGAGGGAAACAUUUUUUUUCAAUCUGGGUGCCAAUUACUGAAAAUUACAAUCUGAUAAUAAAAAAAGAGGGAGAAAAAGGCAGUUAUAAAAAUGGCAUAAAAAAACCAAAACCAAACAAGAGAAAGCGACAAGAAAAAGGGAAAGAGAGAUGUCAAGGAUUCCAAGUCAGAAAAAUAAACGUUUUGGGGGUUUUUCACCUAUUCCCUCAAAAGAGCAAACAGAGAACUGGCGGAGCUGCCCGAUCAGGUUUACAGAAUAUUGGCUAUCAAGACACGUAUCAAGACGAGGUGCUACAAUCUGUAGGCGGAGUAAUUACACAAGAUUUCUUGAAUCAGUGUUUAGCAGAUACGGCCAUAACUCUACAGAAAUCAAAGGGAUAUUAGAAACAUGGCGGAAGAAAAAAAUCACUAAAAUGGACUCACAAAAUACAGACUUCAAAGAAAGUAAUGAUCAGUUAUCCCAAAAAGUUAAAGGAUUGGAACAUAAAAUAAGAGAAUUAGAAGAUCGUUCACGAAGGUCCAAUCUUCAAUUUCGUAACAUCCCAGAAAGUAUCACACAAGAUAAAAUCAAAGAUUUCCUUGAAGUGUAUGAGAAUUGUUCCAGACGCUGAAACACAUGAAAAUAAAAUUAAAAGAAUCCAUAGGUUAUACAAACCGAAGAAUAUAUCAGAAAAACUACCAAGAGAGAGAAACUGUCAGGUUACCUUGUGUAUCAGUCAGGGGGAUGUCACAGGCUGGCGUCACAUUGCAGGGUAUUGGGGACACUCCUACCAACUCUCAGCUUGCCCCUAGCGAUUCUCACGCUAGCUGCGCUAACCCCGCCUCCUGUUAUGACGCAUGACGCUAAGAACGCCACGGCCCACCAAGGUGUUUGAACGAGAACAGUUUGGGCGCGAGGUUACCUACCUAAGUGAACACAGUAUUUUUAAAGAGAAACCAGGUACAGACUCAUUGCCCUGUUGUGGUUCUUGUUUGACCCAAGAGCACGUAUUCCAUAUUGGUAUUCUUGUAUUCUGACUUUGGCUUAGUUUGACUAUUCCUCCUUCUGUGUUCCUUUGACCUUGGCUAUUACAUUAUCGUUGAUCCUGAUUUUCUGGUACCCAUGACCUCGACUCGCUAUUUGACUAUUCUUUGUGUGUGUAGUGAUAGUCCGGCCAUCCUAAGGUCCGGUAUACAUUAGUAGUAUUGGCAUUCUGCGUGUAGGAUCCCCGAACGUUCCUGACAUAAACCCACACUGGAAGACAAGUUCAAGGACAUUUGCGUACAUCAAGAUCUCUCAUACGAGACACGAUCUUGGAGGAGAAGAUUUGCCCCAACAUUGAUUACCUUGAGAGAUAUGAACAUAUAUCAAUGGGAAUACCCAGAUAAACUAAAAGUUCAUUGGAAGAAUCAACAAGAGACUUUUGAGUCCCCAAAAGACUUCUUAAAAUGGACGAAACUGACAAAUAUAAGUAGCUAAUUUAGGGGAACAGAUCAUGGGAGGAGAAACAGAAUUGGGAUCUGGAGGGUGGGGAGGAGGAGGUAGUAUUAUAGAGCAAUAAGUAUUUAAAUGCGAGUGGUAGUAUACAUAGCACUUCUUAAGAAGAAAAUAACACAAUUUAUAUCAUUACACUGAGAAGGAAAUAUAUAUAUACACAUACACACACACACACACACAUACGGUUUUUCUUUUGUUUGUUUUUGGGUUUUUUAGAUUUAUUGACACAAUUAAAUAUAUGAUUACUAUAAACUAAGUACAUAGAGGAUAUAUCAGACACUUUAAAAAAUUAUAACAGGGGGGAAAUAAUCGUUAAAUUUGUGUGAUCGCAAAAUAAGUGAAAAGAAUUACAAAAUAAUCACACAUAAGAACAAGAGAAAUAGUUAUAGUGAAAUACAAUAGUGGCGUAAUAGUCACUUUUUUUUCCUCUCUCCCUCUCCCUGAAGUGUCUCCUCUCUUUCUCCGGUUGAUGCCCUUCUUCCCGCCACCCCUCUCAUUUAGAUGUAGGGGGUCAGGGGAGAGGAAUGGCAGAAUCGAUUGGGGGAUCGGGGAGGGGGAGGGGAUGUCGAGGGAGAACAAAAUAUAUUCCCCGAAGAGGGGUCUUUUUCUGUUUCUUCUUUAUCUUCUGUAGUGAACUUUUGGAUUUAUAUUUUGUGUAGGGGGUCAAACAGAGUUAUGUUUUCAAUAUAAUAGUCUGUACCUAAUAAUUAAAGAGAUACCGCACCAGACAGGGUGAGAAUAUUCCCUUCCAUGCAGGAACCAUGUUAUAAUGAAUAUAACACGAAGGAGUGAGUCAGACUAUGUAGUUGGAAGGUCACACCAAUUUUCAGUUUUUCUGUUUAAUGUGUGCAAAUGUUUGUUAUUGAGUUAUAUGUAUGAGAAUCAAUCGUUUGUCGAGAGGAGGCCAUGGGGGAGGUACACAGGGGGACAAUAAAAAUUAUUUAAUUAUGAAAUAUUUUACCAGGAUGGUUACAUUGAGAUUUCUCUCGUUUUCAAUUAUGACAGGUGCAUUCUGUGCUGAGGUAUAUUGCCAUAGAUCUCUUAAAAGAUUUUCAAUUGAAUGAAGAUUUGACUCUGUCCCUGAGGUUAUUCCAUAAUUGCAGUCUCUGUAGAAAAAGGAGGAUCUUGGAUCUUAAUGCAGAUAAUAGUUUAAUCCAAGAUAAAAGAUCCAAAUAUAAUUUCACUUGGAUGAAAAAAAGAUAUGCCCUACUUAGCAAUAAAAUUAUCAAGAGAUUUAAAUAGUAUUAGCCAAAUCAAUUUUGUCACUUCUUCGUCAUACUAACCAUUUAUUACAAAACUGGAGAAAUAUAGAAACAUAUUGGAUGGGAAGAAUUAAUAUAAUUAAUAUAUUCGGGUUAUAUAGUGUAAUAUUGGAAUAUUGUGGAAAUUGAUGGCAAGAUGAAUGCAGUAUGUUAUCAGAAAAUACUGGCAGACAAUUUGCAUUCUUCUACAAAAAGGCUGUGCAUGGGACGCUCUUUGAUUUUUCCAGCAUGACAAUGACCCUAAGCACAAGGCCAAGUUGACCCUCCAGUGGUUACAGCAGAAAAAGGUGAAGGUUCUGGAGUGGCCAUCACAGUUUCCUGACCUUAAUAUCAUUGAGUCACUCUGGGGAGAUCUCAAAUGUGCGGUUCAUGCAAGAGGGCCAAAGACUUUGCAUGACCUGGAGGCAUUUUGCCAAAACCAAUGGGCAGCUAUACCACCUGCAAGAAUUAGGGGCCUCAUAGACAACUAUUACAAAAGACUGGACACUGGCAUGGAUGCUAAAGGGGGCAAUACACAGUAUUAAAAACUAAGGGUAUGCAGACUUUUGAACAGGGGUCAUUUCAUUAUUUUCUUUGUUGCCAUGUUUUGUUUUAGGAUUGUGCCAUUCUGUAAUAACCUACAGUUAAAUAUAAUUCCCAUAAGAAAUAAAAGAAAUGUGUUUUGCCUGCUCACUCAUGUUUUCUUUAAUAAUGGUCCAUAUAUUACCAAUUCUCCAAAAGGUAUGAAAACUUUGCAUCUGUAUAUCCUGUAUUUUGAGGCAAUGUAUUUUAAUAUUUGCUGACGCAUGUUACUUGUAUAGGACACAGAGAUAAUGGUGAAUGCCGAAUUAUUUUUUUAUGUCUCUCAGGUGAUGAAUAUGAUGUCUGUGCCAUCUGUCUGGAGGAAUACGAGGAGGGCGACAAACUGCGUGUGCUGCCAUGUUCCCAUGGUAAGUUACCUCCCAUCAAUCAGCACCCUUCUGUUAAUGAGAAGGAAGUGUUAAUGUUUGUAUUAACAUACGCCCCUUUCUUUCCAGCGUACCAUUGCACGUGUGUUGACCCCUGGCUGACCAAGACUAAGAAGAGCUGUCCUGUGUGCAAGCAUCGUGUCCUGCGAUCGGAGGACGACUCUGACUCUGAGAGCGGCGGGACGGAACCUGGAGAUGGUGACAACAGAGAGGAAAGCGAUAAUGAGCGGACCCCUCUCCUUCGACCCUCUCCUUCAUUUGGCAGCAUGGCCGAUUCCCCCACAGCUAUCCAGAACGAAGCAGAGGUCGAACCUCCCCGGGCAGUCAGCGUCUGAGAAAGCCUUGGUCCUUCGCCAUGUGGAUCUCGGUUAGACUGUGUUGAUCCCAGGAUCCUUUGUGCACACAGUGGCAGAUAAUUUGCACGGUGACAGAUCCAUUCCCAGAAUCCUUUGCCCUGCCACUUACCCAUUCCCAGAAUCCUUUAUGAUAGAAAAUGAGUUAAUCUCCGUAAUUGUUUUGCCUUGUAUUUUCUCCAUCCCCCAUAGCUCUUUGUUCUAGAAGCAUCGGGUUGUGUUCUCAUGCUCUUUUGGGGUUUCAUUUUUUGUUUGUUUUUUUCUUGUAUUUUAUUGAUCUCCUUAAUCAGUCCAUUACUUGGGGACUGGUUUAUUCCAAUCAUCUCCUAACGCUCAUGGGUCAGAGUGGCACAAACUGCUGCGUUAGACAUGGCCGCCUGAUGUACCGAGAGAUGUUCUCAUGGGGAUGGCUAUUUCAAUUAGUUGACAAAUGGGGUAAAAGACAAAGAAUUGGUCAUAAUGGAAGAUAUCUGUGUACCUCUAGGCUUCCCUCCUCGUGCAGCGUUCUGUAAUUACUCUGUAUCUGACUAAUGUUUUUGUAUAAACAUGAUUUCCUAUCUAAUGGAAUAACUCUGACUCUAAGCCCCCAGCAGCCAUUGGACGACGUCAAUGACCCUGUUGGAAUUGAUUUGUAUUUUCUGUGUAACUGGAUGAUUCCAUUGCUUAGUUAAGUAUAGAUUCUAUUUUCUUGGAGUUCCGCAGCAGAUGAUGAAAGGGGAAUCCGAACGUCAUUUGAAAGUUUUGGGCAGGGAGAGAGAGGAGAAUUAAAGAUAAAACGUCAACCAUUCAGAUGGGUGGAUAGAGAAAGGAAAAAUACGAGGAACAUGGGGUGACCUGACCAAUCAGAAUUAACAGACCACGUGAUCCCCACGUUGCACUGAGGGGUUUGAAAAGCUCAGAUUGUUUUCGGACAGCACGGCCUAUUACAGCCAGCUGCUGGCUGAGAGUGCUGAGUUUGUAGACUUGUACAUUUAAUAAUCUGAAAUCUGCUUUAAUUUAUAAUCUAACAAUGAUGUCACAGCUGUGAUUACACUAUUGUCCGGCUGAUUUACCUGUCCUACAAUGCCACGCUGGAUGCCUUGCUUUAGAGACAUGCAGGGCACACUGACAGAGACACGCAAGGUUUAGAGACAGACAGUUAGGUGCCUGUGGGAAAGACCUGCCAUGUGUAUUAUAAACCUAAUAAUAGCAGGAAUUUUUUAAUAUCUGUAUGAAUAAACUUAUUAUAAAACCAAUUAAAAAAAAACAUCUCUUCCAA